AUGGCUGCCUCGGACUCGAGCCCGGCUGGUGGUGGCGCUUGUCAUUCGUUCGUCUUUCACGUGGUCUUCUGGAAGCAUGCAAGCACGGUCAAUUUAUAUGCAUCGGGCGAUAGACCUCCUGUUCGACCUGGCUGGGUGGGCAUCGACUUGGAGCCCGUCGCCAGCCAGCUUGCGGAAGUCGUCAACGAGACAUUUGCGCGAAAUCGGGCCCCCAAUGCGCCGCCUGGAGAUUCAACUCCACUUCUCCUGGCAUGCAACUCGAAGACACUCGCCGAUGUUCUCAGUCACCAUGACAAGCAUCAGGUGAUACGCUGCGCAUUCACGGCCCAUUGGAUACUGGACGACACACCCUUUGCAGGCAUCCGUUAG